UUAUCAAAUGCACUCUACUAUUGCUUUCUGUCGCUGGAGGUUAUCAAGUGACACCAACUAUUGAAGAAAGUGGUUUUUCUUAUCAGAACCUUACUAAAGGUGCAUUCGUUAAAAUCGGACGCGGUUAUUAUUACAUUGAAACUAAGAAGAGAACAAAUUUGAUUGAUGCAUCCGAAUCUUGUCAUCGGAAGGGUGCUCAUCUAAUUGCUUUUGAGACCAUUGAAGAAUGGGACUUGGUUAACCAGUAUCUGUUUAAGAACGAUAUAGAUGAAUUGUACUGGACUUUGGAUGCGGAUGUGGAGCAGGAAGGAAUCUUUAGCUGGUUUUCUACUGGCAUUCCUAUCAAAUUAGAUGUUUUCAACAAGGAUGUAUCCCAAACCAAUGAUAGAAUCGAGUAUUGUGACUCUACGAGAUAUAAUUUAAAUGAAUUAUAUGUAAAUGAGGAGAAGUGCAAAUAUGAAUGCCUCUACAUAUGUGAAAAGUGGUAUCCAAUACUAGAAUCUUUUUAUAUCUAGUUCAAAAUAUCAUAUGCUGAAAAUUAAUAGAUUUUUUUACAUAUGGUAGUGCAAAAACAUCAUCAAGAAUUUUACUGAAAUCCAUGACGCAAAGGCAACUCUAGAGUAUUCUCAACAUUCUCUGCCAAUUGCAAAAUUACCUCAAUCAAGUUUACAAUACGUAUGUAUCCCUCUUAAUCAAGGAUACAUGCAACUUCUCUAUGUCAGCAAAACCGAAAAUGGAAAAACUGAGGAAAAAACAACAAAAGUUUGGCCCAUAAAAAUGCAAUAAGUGUAUCAAGUCUUGGCAACCCUUUUUGGCUAAUGGCAAUUUACGCACGACUAACAAACGCAAGAGGAAAGCUGGGAAGGCAGUUGGGGAAAGUCGGGGAAAAGCCUUCAGAACAUAUGCGAGGAAAUGAAAUCGGUGGCGGAGUAACGACAACUUUGAUUGAGUGCCGGGGAAACUGAAGGCAAAGGUGUUAAAACUGAAACCAAUUUAAAAAGUUGUGCGAUACCAUAUGGAAAGUGAGCCCGGAAGGCAGCAACUUUCGGUUAGCUGUUGGUAUACUUGGAAAAAUCUUAGAAAAACUUCUGAAACCAAUGUUUAAUUUAUUGCAAAUUUUAGUAAAUAUUGCUAUAUUUAUAAUAGAAUAGAAUAGAUUCAUAAUUAGACAACUUUUUUCUUCCUGCUCUUUAAUUAAAAGUCUAAACAUUGAUAGAGAAUCAAUUCUACAAAAAAGCAAAUAUUUUAAGGGCGAAGUAUUUUUUUAAAUUUAUUUAUUGUAGUGUACCCACAAGUAGGCAGUCAGUUAGUGACAAACAAGCCGAGCACACAACGCAGCACACACCUGAGUACUUUCACAGUCAGGUGACAAGACGGAGACAUCGACGACGACAGAGACACGAGGUGGGAAAGGACCAAGGAUGAACCUGAGCACCCUCCUGAGGAGUGUGAGCAACGGUCUUGGCUUCGGAACCGCCACGAGAAAGAGCGACUUGGGACGUCACCUGGGCACUCCUAGCUCCACGUCGAGCUCAUCUUCCAAUAAUUCAAAUUUGGAUCCCGUUUCCAGUCUCUUAAUUCCCUCGGAGGACGAAGACGAGGCCAUAUCACUGGGCGAAAAUCACCUGGCCUCAGCUGAUGCCAGUCUGAGCAAAAACCAGUCGUCCAAUCCCUACCAGCACACCGUCCAACAGAUACUGCGUCUAGUUAACGAACUGGAGCACACAAUUUACGAGGAUCGGCAGCAGGAGUUCAAGCUCCGAAUGGCCCUCGAUAGGCAGACAGAACGGGUUCAGGAACUGGUGUUUUCACUGGACACGGAAAGGAAGCGAAACGAGCGACUGGUGCAGCUGCUCCGGGGAAUCGAUAGCUCCAGUUCGGGUGAGAGCGAUCCGGAGAAGACGGGCCCCAGCGGCUCCCACGUGAACUCCAUUGGUGAGCUGUACGACUCCAUCAGUCCCCUGCUGAUGCAACAGCGUUACGUCGAGCUCUCCGUGUCCCAUCGCCAGAGUCGUCGGCAGUUAGCCAAAAGGGAAAAGGCUCUCAAGGUACUUCAAAGCAAAACGGAGCAGCUGCACUCCAAAUACGACGAGCUAUUCGAUGAGUACCGGAGUGAACAGCGCCGCUUCGAGAUGCUGUGCACUCGCUAUAUCCAAAUGCAGUUAAAGAAGAAACAGCAAAUCUUCAACCUGAAGAAUACACUCGGUCAGGCUAGCGAGUGUAUAUUCCAUGCCCAGGUGGUCAUCGAUGAGUGUUGUCAUGCGGAGAAGCCGCCCGUUUCUCCGGAGAAUCUGGAGAACUUUCGCAGGAAUCUGGAGUGCUUUAUGGAUGCCCUCAGGAACUGUUGCUGCCUGCGAAAAGUCCACGAGCUUCAGCAGCAGCAGCUCAAAAAGGAGGAAAUGGAAAAGUGUCAGAGCCAGAAUCCAGUCGAUGACUUGCUCACUCCGAGGGCCAGGGAACGCUCAAGUCAAGAGCAGAGUAGUGACACCUACGUUCAGAAUCUCUCCAAUCGACAUCCUCGUUUUCGUCGUUACAGGCAUUCAGCUCGUUAAAUCUUCACUUUUGGUUACUACUUAACGUUAGGUUUGAAAUCUUUUAACCAGAAAAAAUUGGGUCAUUUAGACAAUGGAAAGUGUAAAAAAAUAACAAAAAUAUGUUUAUGCGAAAUAUAAAAACUAAG